AGAGCGCACCCUAGCCACGAGGGGGCGAUGACAGUGAGGGCGGCGCGCGCGAGGCGGGGGAUUCAAGCGCGUUAUAAGGCGCCGACCUGACCAGCCCUGCUUGUUGCUGCCGCCGCCGCCAGCAUGGCCUCGACCCGCAGCCCCGGUGGAGCGCGCACGCUGCUCGCCUGCGCCAGCCUGCUCGCCGCCAUGGGCCUCGGUGUCCCGGAGUCCGCCGAGCCCGUGGGAACCCAAGCACGACCGCAGCCACCCGGGACCGAGCUGCCCGCCCCGCCAGCCCACAGCCCGCCGGAACCCACCAUUGCGCAUGCGCACAGCGUGGAUCCCCGGGAUGCCUGGAUGCUGUUUGUCAAGCAGAGUGACAAGGGCAUCAACAGUAAGAAGAGGAGCAGGACCAAAGCCAGGAGGCUGAAGCUUGGCCUGCCAGGACCCCCAGGGCCACCAGGUCCUCAGGGUCCCCCAGGCCCCUUUAUCCCAUCUGAGGUUCUGCUGAAGGAGUUCCAGUUGUUGUUGAAAGGUGCGGUACGGCAGCGAGAGAGCACGGAGCACUGCACCAGGGAUCUCACUACACCAGCCUCGGGCGGCCCUUCCCGUGACCCAGUCACCCAGGAGCUUGAGAGCCAGGACCAAGGGGCAGUAUUGGCACUGCUGGCAGCUACCUUGGCCCAGAGCCCGCGGGCACCACGUGUAGAGGCCGCGUUCCACUGUCGCUUGCGCCGGGAUGUGCAGGUGGAGCGGCGAGCACUGCAUGAGCUCGGAGUCUACUACCUGCCCGAAGUUGAGGGAGCCUUCCGCCGGGGCCCAGGCUUGAACCUGACCAGUGGCCAGUACACUGCACCCGUGGCUGGCUUCUAUGCGCUCGCUGCCACUCUUCACGUGGCACUCACCAAGCAGCCAAGAAAGGGACCACCACAACCCCGGGACCGUCUGCGCCUGCUGAUCUGCAUCCAGUCUCUCUGCCAGCACAACGCCUCCCUGGAGACUGUGAUGGGGCUGGAGAAUAGCAGUGAGCUCUUCACCAUCUCAGUGAAUGGUGUCCUCUAUCUACAGACAGGACACUAUACUUCUGUCUUCUUGGACAAUGCCAGCGGCUCCUCCCUCACGGUACGUGGUGGCUCUCACUUCAGUGCUAUCCUCCUGGGCCUGUGAGAGGCUGCUGCAGGCUCGUACCCUUACCAAGCAGCGUGGUCGAUGUCUACACUGCCAAGUGACAGUGGUCCUGUGCGGAAGGAAGCCCACUGGACCUCUGCACACGCUGGCCAUCACGUUACCUCCCAGCUCAGCCCCUGCACUGCUGCAGCGGUGACUGGAAGCCGGCUCUCCAGCAACUUGUGGAUAUUGUUCAGCCCUGCUCGGCUCUUCUGGGACCAUCCAGCACACUUGGUGGCACUUGCUAUAUCCCCAGCUGCAGAGCGGACAUCCUUGUAGUUCUAUACAGGCUCGAAUUCCUUCCUGUGGCCCAGCAAACCUGCCAGGCCACUCACUACCUGGGACAGCCCAGCCUACACAGGGCAGGGAUAUAGGGAAAUGACUGUAGGUCUUUGUGCUUAAGAAGGAAGCCCAGGCCUUCUUGGGCCAUACACUGUCUACCUGGGUUCCUAUCCUGGAGCACUGUCUAUGUCUCUGCCUACAGUACAGCCUCAGGGACCUGGGGACUUCAGGGGCCAGUGAUCUUGGGCCUGGCACAGUUUCUCCUUCUGGGGUAAGCAAGAUGAACUACAGGCCUCCUGGUGAGCACCCUAACACACUGGAGCUGUACUCCUGCCAUACCUCUCACGGACGAGGUCAUCCUUAUCCUCUACCAGCAAACUUCCCAACCCCUCUGAGGCUCUGGCUCACUGGUAGGGCCCACACAUUAAACAGAAGUUUGAGCAUAGUUAUGCACACAAGGCACCUGCUCACAAGUCCCGUCCCCACCCCCUGCCCCCGAGACUCUGUUGCAAACGGGGUGAUCUGGCUGAAUGGGCAGCUUGGUGAUGAAGAUGGCUGGGGGCUCUCCCCAUGAGAAGUUGCAGGGCUGCCAUCCUGCAGCUUGUUUCAGCACAGUCUUCCGGUUUUUAACGAAAUGUGGGACCAGCCCCUGUGGUGGAGAGGACUGGGCCCUCCAAGUUGCAUGACCUGCUGAUGAAAAGGAGAUGACAAGAAGCAUAUCCACGCCCACCAACUGCUCGGGGACCUCUCAGCUGAGCAGGAGUGCUCAGGCCCGGGAUGGAGGGAUAGCUGCCAGCAGGAGUGCUCAGGCCAGGGAUGGAGGGAUAGCUGCCGGCAGGAGUGCUCAGGCCGGGGAUGGAGGGAGAGCUGUCAGUUGCUCCAUCUCUCAGCUGACGCCAGGAUGAGGCUGCCCAUCAGAAUGCCCUUCUGUAAUCAGACCUGUCCCCAAAUCAGGCUGCCAGCACAGAGCAACAGCUGACUGGAGGGCUGUCCGUGAGCAGGCCUAGCCUGAUUCUCAGUAGGGCUGGUACCCACCCUACCAGGAAGACUCUGCUGGCCUGGGUCCUGACUCCCUGGCACUCUGAUAAGGACAUGAGGUGGACACACCCCACCCUUUUCUGGACUUCACUUUGUAUCCAGUGGGCACAGGCAUGUUAGUGACGUUAUCUUCUACCCUUGAGAAAGCAUAUAAGCACAUAUCUUACCUUCCAACAAGUGUGUUACCCAGCAACUUAAAAGUAUUUAUUGUGUCAUAUUGCUAGGAGAAUGUAUUUAUGUAAAGGAUUACACAAAUCCAUUAACAAUGAAGGGCAGACCUGAGAAGUGUGACUUCUCUUUCCAGCAUAACUCACCAAAGACCAUAAGGGGCAAGCUCUGGAAAGCAAGGGGGAAAUGCCUUUAGUCUUGGGACUCCCACUGAAGAGAGAGGAGAGGUUCUUACUGACCAGGAAGGCCACAGUGCCAAGAGUAUUCCAGACACAAGCACUUUGGGACAUGGGGCACUGAAUGACUCCUGGGUUGCUCUCAGAGAUUGCUGAAUUAAACUGUCUGGUUUUCUGAUGA